UAUAGGGACUCACAGAGAAGAAGAACUCACACUUCUUUCUGGUCCAACAAUGGCAGCCUCACUACAAACAGCUGCAACCUUGAUGCAGCCGAGCAAGGUCGGCGUCAGCCCCAGAAUCGGCCGCUCUUACCAAGCCGUCGGCAAGGCUUUCGGCGUCGACCCAUCUCCGGCCAGGAUCACUUGCUCUCUCCAAUCUGAGAUUAAAGACAUGGCUCACAAGUUCUCCGACGCUGCCAAACUCGCCGGUUUCGCCCUUGCCACUUCCGCCCUCCUUGUCUCGGGAGCGAAUGCCGAAGGAGUUCCGAAGCGUUUAACCUUCGAUGAGAUCCAAAGCAAGACAUAUAUGGAGGUGAAGGGGAGCGGCACUGCUAACCAGUGUCCCACCAUUGAAGGAGGCGUGGACAAGUUCGCAUUCAAGCCAGGCAAGUACAGCGCCAAGAAGUUCUGCCUGGAGCCAACCUCGUUCACAGUGAAGGCCGAGAGCGUGAGCAAGAACGCGCCGCCGGAAUUCCAGAACACCAAGCUCAUGACGCGCUUGACCUACACGCUCGACGAAAUCGAGGGCCCCUUCGAGGUUUCCUCCGACGGCAGCGUCAAAUUCGAGGAGAAAGACGGCAUAGACUACGCCGCCGUCACCGUCCAGCUCCCCGGCGGCGAGCGCGUGCCCUUCCUCUUCACAAUCAAACAGCUCGUCGCCACCGGAAAACCGGAGAGCUUCAGCGGCGAAUUUCUAGUGCCGUCGUACAGGGGAUCCUCUUUCCUUGACCCAAAGGGCAGAGGCGGAUCCACCGGCUACGACAACGCCGUCGCUUUGCCCGCCGGCGGGAGAGGCGACGAGGAGGAACUGGCGAAAGAGAACAUCAAGAACGCCGCAUCUUCAACCGGGAAAAUCACGUUCAGUGUCACCGGGAGCAAGCCGGAGACCGGAGAAGUGAUCGGAGUUUUCGAGAGCAUUCAGCCUUCUGAUACGGAUUUAGGAGCAAAAGCUCCCAAAGAUGUGAAGAUCCAAGGAAUCUGGUAUGCCCAGCUCGAGUAAUUCAUUCCUUUCUGCUAUCAAUUUCUUGGGCUGAGAACUUGAAAUCCAUUUCUUGUGACUCCAAAAUGUUUAAACUUUCUUGUGACCCAUUCUCUUGCUUGUAUAUUAAGUAGCACCGGUACUUCAAUCUAGAAUAACAACCAGAUGCAAAUAUUUCAUGUCAUAUGUUAUUUAUGUAAGAUUUUCUAGUAUACUAUAUUUUAUAUAUUAAUGCUUUGGUUGAACUGAAUGGAUAUAA